UGGGCGGAGCUCCCGUUAAAUCUCUUCACACGAGAGGAAGAAAAACAGAAGAGCGUCACAUCAUCUGGCACUGCCGUUGGAAGAAACACUGAAUCCGAUUGAGAGUCAUUUUGGCUUUCAGCUGAUCCGUGCAGACACAACAGCAUGUCUUUCUGUCACUUCUCCGGCGGGGAGGUCUACAAGGAUCAUUUCAAACCAGGUAUGUACGUGUGCUCCAAGUGUAACCAUCCACUGUUCUCCAGUCGGUCCAAGUUCGCCCACUCGUCUCCCUGGCCGGCUUUCACUGACACCAUCACAGAGGACAGCGUCACCAGGAUGAUGGAGUCUCUCACUGCCUACAAGGUUCUGUGUGGGAAGUGUGGCAGUGGGCUAGGCCAUGAGUUUGUAAAUGACGGCCCAGAGGAAGGAGUCUCACGCUUUUGAAUAUUCAGUCACUCGCUCAAGUUUGUCCCCAACAAAGGCAAGGACAAGCAGUAAAGAGCGAGGUAUAUGAGUUUUGACUCCAGCUGCUGUAUCUGCUGCUCAGUCCAGGACCAGUGAACAGGUCGGGUCAGUGCGUGACGUGGACGGGGCAAAGGCCUGACAGGGACAUCCUGUCCACUGAGGAAUCUUUGACCAGCCUGUGACACUGUGACAGGACCACACCUCUGCAAAUAUUCCUUUACAUAAAAACAAAUGUUACAUUCCUGGAAUACCUCAUAUUUUAAAACAUCUUAACUCUGUGGUUAUGAUUUUCUUGAUCUUAUAUCUUAUAUAAGUAGAUUCACAUCAUUUUAGCAAGGAAUUAGGUUUUUGUUUCUGUUGAUUUUUACAUUAUAUUGCUGUUAUCCUUUACUCCUAUUUACUUCCCAAGGGCAAAUGUAACCAUAUUAUCUAUGCACUGAAGAAUUUCACAUUUUUUAGUCAGUCUGCUCUUCUGAUGAUCUGUUUUGUAUGUUUAUUUUAAGAUGAUGCAACAGCAAAGAAACUAAUAACUAACUGUUUUAAUCAGCAUGUUCCCUCCUUUUUUGUUUACUCUAAGCCAGUGUACAUGAACAGAUACGAAAAUGCAAAAGUAGUCAAUGUCUCAGAACUUUUGUACAUUUGCAUUUUAUUUUGAAAAGCUCACAUUAGAGUCAAGAGUUUCGUGGACAAACGCACAUUUUGCACAUGUAUGCUCCAUACAGGAUAUUGAUGCUCACAUGAAAGAACAAACAGUAAAUUAUAGUUUGAUAGAU